CUUGGAAACGCGUUGAUAACAUUUAACAUAAGAUUGUAAUUUACAUACGCAUUUUUGAACUUAAUAUUUGAUGAACAAUAACUUAAUUAUAAAUUCUAAAAUGAAAGUGUCUAAAAGAAAGGGAGCAGUCUUAAUGAUUUUAGCUGUUUAUUUUUUUUAUUUAUAUUUAAAAAGCAACAACUGCGUUGUGGAAUCAUCAAGUCAAAGAAAAGCUAAAAAAAACUAUAAUUCUUUGUCGUUGUUAUUUCCACUGCAAUUAAACAAAUCAGCGACAAUAUCUAUUGGAAUUAUAAGUGAUGCCGAUGAUAGCAGUAUUCGAUUUGCAAUAAAACAACUGGUAAAUUUAGUAACCCAAAUGAACGAAGAUCAGCUCAUAUCAUCCUAUGUUAUUCAUAUUGCAGUAUUAACAUAUCAAGAAAAAGAUUUAAAGGAAAUAAGAGACUUCUUUGAACAAGAAAAUAAAUUAAAAGCAGUUCCGAUAAACUUGAUAACUGUUUCAGAAGAUUUCGUAAAAAAUCAUGUUAUGUUACAAACAGUUAAUUUGGGUUUUCAUUUGCAUCAUAAAAGUUUUGUUGAAAAAAGAACGCAUUUUAAUAUUUUAGUAUCGUUGCUGUUUUGGCAUUGCUCGCAACAAAGUGAUUAUAUGAUUUUUACAGAUGAAACAGUCUUUCCUAUAAAUUAUGCAAUGAAAAAUAUUAAAAAGCUUUUCCGUGUAUUCUCAGAAAAUCCUAAGCUAAUAGAAAUAGGAUUAUCAAACGAUCCUGUGCAUGGGAGGCUGUACAAUUGUAAAUACUUAGAGAAGUAUGCAAAUUUUAUUUACUGGACAAGUGCUUAUACAUCAAUUAAAGAAAUUAUGAACAAAUUUAAAUACAUUACGUUAUCGCUGCAAAAAAUGCGUUCUCCAGAUGUCCUAUUUUUUCAAAGUGUACAUCAUAGAAUGUCUUACCACCAGAAUCCUGAAGCUAUUUUAACCACCAAUAUGAAUGCUUAUCGUAAUCAUAGCUUUAAUAAUCUAUAUUACAGAGGUGAUGUGUUUUGGACAUAUUCUAACUUGAAAGAUAGCUAUUUAACAAUAAAGUUUAGCUAUAUUACUGUCGUUAGACAAAUAAAAAUUAAAACUUGUUUAACUAAAAUGAUGAAUGACUGUUUGACGAACGCAGUUUUAGAACGAAGCAACAAUAUUGAAUGUAAUUUUUUUGAGUUUGUUUCAGAUUUUCGAAAUAGCGAAGUAGAUAUUAAUAUAUUUUCCGAUCAAAGAACUGCAUGUCUACGAGUAAAAAUAUAUAGCUCAAAUUCAGAGUGGAUUGCUAUACGAGAGUUGAAAAUAUAUACUGAUGAACACAUGGUUUGAAACGUUAAAGAAUACGCUGAAAAUGGUUUUUUUAGUUUUUUUUAAGCUUAUCGGGUAUUUUUUUUAAUUGUUUUUAGUCUACGGUAUCUUAAUAUGAAAUUUGUUAAUGCUGUUAAUAUGAA